GCCCUUCUUCAAAGUGAUACAAUACUCGUAUUUUAUCCAGCCAAAGCCGGGAGUGCAACCCGUCGAGAAACAGAUACAGAGAGAGAGAAAGAUCUGUUGUGGCAGAGUACAUCAACCGAAGGUUUUGAAGAUUGGUUUGAAACGUGGCCGCUUGCUAUUCCCUACUGCUCGCUAUCGAGGAAACGAAGUACUUAGUUACCGGCACGCAGCGUCAGCAGGAACACAAGCCGUAGAAGCAAUGGCAACGGGAGAUUCGCGAACUGUGGAGGAGUGCUUUUUGGAGGACUGUUUCAUUAUGUUUCGCUACACCAUUCCACACCCGGAUAACUUCGAACGAGCCAAGGCCAUAUGCCAGUCCAGCAAACCUGUUACGAUCGAAACACCGCAAGUGGAGGAUGUGAAGGACCCAGGCGAAUGUAUCUAUAGUUCAGAUUCAACGAGCAGACUUGUGAUGAAGGUCACUCCCAAGAAGGGCUCCGAAAGCACUGAAGCCGGUCCAACUGUGCUGAAAUUACACAAAAUCCACCCUGCUCAACAUAGGUACGAACCUAAGAUGCUGUACAAAGAACUCCUUAUAACCAUGUAUGUACAAAGGUGCGAGGAGAAAAUUCGGCAGGAGAAAAUGGAUCGGCUGAUUGCAACGUGCAAACCAAUUUGGUAUAAGUUCAGCAGUUGUGAAGGAUUCGAAAUGGACUAUUUCCCAGAAGGCACACUUGGCCAGCUGUCCCGCACUCUGCGGCAUGAUAAUGAGCGACUAGGUUUGCUGCGGGAUGCUGCAUCCGGUCUCCACUUCCUCAACUCUCUGCACAUUAUCCAUUUUGAUGUGAAACCAUCGAACAUCUGUGUUAGCAUGCGAGCUGACGGCACACAGGUUGCCAAGUGGAUCGACCUAGGUUCUGCUAAAUUUACAGGGGAGAAGGUAGACAGGUGCAAUCUCAGUGAUACUGCUGCAUAUCGACCUCCUGAACUAUUCCCACGCCCAGGAAUCCAACCCACUGAGGAUUUAGUUCUAGUUGAUUCGUCAGCAGACUUCUGGAGGUUUGGACUAUGUAUUCUGGAAGUCAUGACGCGGAAAAGCUUCCCCCCGUUAUGGAGCAAAGCUCUAAUGAGUAACGAUAUGUACAAGCAGUUCAUCAGGAUGAAUGACCGUCAAUUGAUGAGGGGUUUGUAUGAGCCUCUGAAAUUCCCAGGCUUGCGUACCUCAAAACUACCCGAAUGUGUUGACAGGCUGCUGUUCUACCUGUUGCGACUCGAUGGAGCUGCGCGUAUGGAUAUGGAGCACGUCACAGAAGAGCUAAACAAACACCUUGUCCUUGCCAAGGUAUCUUCUCUGGAUGAUGCAGGAACGUCGAAGGUGCCCAGUGCGAUCAAACCUGCUGGAUCCACGCCCAGCAAUGCUUCGAAAUUCUAGUGCAGGAAGCUUGUAGCUGUCCCACACCUACUGUUCAUGAUGUCUACUCCUGUGGAUGCUCUUUGAAUGCCGGUGCAAGUAGCUUGGAUGUGUCCAAACACCCUGAUCAUUGAGUGCUGGCUUGUGGGUCAUGACGCCUGAUGAUGAGCAUGCUAUUGCAUCCCGUCAGUUCAAUGCAUCGAAUGGCUAUGCCUAUAGCUCAGAUGUGUUUGCUGCAUACACUGUACUCAUUAUUACGAUGCUGAUGAAGACAGCAAAGACCCUGGUGCACUAGCACCUGAAUUCACAACAUUGCUGAGAAGUGACACGUAUUCUUCGCUUACCGUUCCACCACAACAUGAAAGCGCUGAUUUGAUUGAACGCCACUAGCCACCUAGGCAGCUGGGUUAAUCUGGAUUGUACCCUAAGAUUGAUUAAAUGAGUCACACAACCCACUGUCCAACUAAUGUCACAUACAUAAACAUGGAAACAUCACUUUCCAACUGGUUUCAACAGAGGCAUUUCAUCCGUUUCAAGGUGACUGUUUUAAAAACUGUAUAUCUACAAUAAUAUUAUGUACUCCUGAAGUACAGCUGUACAUUCUGCUUUUGAACGUCUUGUCAUUUAACUUCCCUGGUGAGGGAAAAGUUCUCCAUACAACCGGACAUACAUUGUUCAUCAUUCUAACUGUUAUCAGUGUGCGCCCCACCUUAUGAUCCAAUCUGCACUCAUCACUGUACCUACGAAGCAGGCACUAGAGGUAUUUAGCAACCCGCUGUAUACUUGGUGCCGAUUAGAAACCCGCAGAUUCACCCCAUGACAUCAUUCGCAUAACCUAUAUAGUGUGAUAUGUUCACUAUUGUCAACUUUGUCAUGUAUUUCUCCUGUUUCAGUUCGUGACCUGAUGUGGUGGUAGCUAGUUUUGAACAUAGCCAAAUGGUUCAAGUUGCAAUGAAGCUGGGGGAGGGUCCGCUUUUGCCCCAUGCUCUAGUAUGUUACAGGCACUGAGCUUUAUUCUGACAUUUCAUUGUACUGCGCAGUAUUUCAUUGUAUUGUAACCUGGGCUCCAUUGGCACUACUGGCUUGGCACCGCAGAUUCCAUCAGAAUGAUUUCUAGCCAGCUCACAUGGGCGGCUAUCAUAGUGGUAGACACACCAUG